AUAGACAGACCGUCUUGGUUGCGGCUGACCGAGAUGCGUAACUGCUGGCGCUGUCGUUCAUGAGGCUUUGACUGCAUAUGCAAAAAAACUGCGAGGCAACCCAUAACAAUCCAGUAUACAGUAAUGGCAAUAGGUUUUCAUGCCAGAUUUUCGAUAUUUGGAUCUACUCAUGAUUUUGAGCUAUUCAACUGCAACUUCUUGAGCAGAAGAGAGUUUUUUCAGUACAAAAGACCAGAGGCAAAGAUUAUCCCCCAGUACACCCAUAAAAGCAAUAAGGAGUACGGAGGCAAAUUGUUAGAGUUGAGUUCUGAUUCCAAGUUCUUGCAGAAGUCUAAAGUGCGUCAGCUGGUUAAUCACCUCCAUUGGUGUGCUGCAGAGGGGCUUCAGACAGAAGUAAGGAUAAUUCAUGGUUAUGUUGUGAAGUCAGAUUUUGAUGAUGAGAACAUGCUGAUGUUACUUAAUCAUGUAAUGUAUGCUUAUCUGAAUAGCUCAGAUUUUAAGUCUGCAAAGUUACUGUUCGACUAUAUGCCUAGGAGAAAUGUGUUCUCAUGGAGUGUCAUGAUUGGAGGAUUUAAUGAGCAAGCACUUUUCCAGAAUGGGUUAUAUCAUUAUUGUCAGAUGAUGGAUGAUGGAAUGUGGCCUGAUGGAUUCAUGUAUUCUGCUGUCUUGCAAUCGUGUAUCGGUAUGGAUUGUAUGGAUAUAGGAUAUGCAUUGCAUGGUCAGAUCAUUGUUAGAGGCUUUGGGUCUCAUGUUGUUGUUGGUACUGCACUGCUCAACAUGUAUGCAAAGUUGGGUAAGGCUGAUGAAGCCUACAUAGUGUUUAGUUAUAUGGAUGAACAUAAUGAUGUCUCUUGGAAUGCAAUUAUAUCAGGACUUACUGCUAACGGCCUGCACAUGGAGGCUUUUGACCAUUUUUUGAAGAUGAGAUCUCAAGGGUUUAUCCCUAACCGGUACACUCUGGUUGGUGUUCUGAAGGCUGUUGGGAUGCUUGGUAACAUUGACAAGGGAAGGCAAGUUCAUAAAUGUGUAUCUGAAUUGGGUAUGCAGAAUGACUAUUUUGUUGGAACUGCUCUAAUUGAUAUGUAUUCGAAAUGUGGUGACUUGCAGGAGGCAAUGUCUGUGUUUGACAUGAACUUUGCUGAUAGUGGAGUUAAUGGACCUUGGAAUGCGAUGAUAAGUGCUUAUUCACUGCAUAAAUGCAGUCAACAAGCUUUGCUAUUAUAUAUUGAAAUGUGCCUAAAGGGCAUAAAAUCUGACCUGUACACUUACUGUAGUUUGUUUGAUGCAAUUGCUAAUUUGAAGUGCUCAAGGUUGGUGAAAGAAGUACAUGGCAUGGUUUUGAAGUCUGGCCAUGAUUUUAUGAAUCUUAGUAUCGAAAAUUCAAUAGCAGAUGCGUAUUUGAAAUGUGGGUCUGUUGAAGGAGCAAAGAAGAUCUUUAACAAGAUGGAAACAAGAGACAUUGUAUCCUGGACAACAUUGAUUACAGGUUAUUCUCAGUGCUCUAAAUGGGAGGAAGCACUGAUUACAUUCUCUCAGAUGAUGGAGGAAGGGUUCACACCAAAUAGUGUUACUCUUGCCAGUGUACUUACUGCAUGUGCCAAUCUAUGUUAUCUUGAGUAUGGUCUUCAAGUCCAUGGUCUUUCGUGCAAAUUAGGCUUUGAAUCUGUGAGAUAUGUAGAGAGUGCUCUAAUUGAUAUGUAUGCUAAGGGCGGAAGUAUAAAAGAGUCAGAAAAGGUGUUCAAUCGGAUCAUUGAUCCUGAUGUUGUCUCAUUCACUGCGAUGUUAUCAGGCUAUGCCAGCCAUGGUUUGGCGUCCCUUGCAGUUCGUCACUUCAAUAGAAUGAAACAACUGGGUACUAAACCAACUGCUGUCACAUUUCUAUGUGUUCUUUUUGCAUGUAGCCAUUCUGGUCUUAUUGAAGAGGGUCUUCAAUUCUUUUGGUCAAUGGAGAAAGACUAUGGAAUUGUGCCCAAAAUGGAGCACUAUGCUUGUGUUGUUGAUCUUCUUGGUCGUGUGGGUCGGCUUGCUGAAGCUUUUGAAUUUAUAAUGAAAAUACCUUCUGAACCAGAUGAGAUGGUAUGGCAGAGCUUAUUGGCUGCAUGCAGGAUACAUGGCAAUGUUGAAUUUGGUGAAAUCGCGGCCAAGAAAAUUCUAACACUUCGUCCAGAAUAUUCUUCUACCUAUGUUCUUUUAUCUAACACUUACAUAGAAACUGGGAGUUUUAAAGAUGGGGUUGAUAUGAGGAAAGUGAUGAAAGAGAAAGGUGUUAAAAAGGAACCAGGAUACAGUUGGAUAUCUGUGGAAGGUAGAAUCCAUAAAUUUUAUGCAGGAGAUAUGGGACACCCGCAGAAGGAAGACAUCUAUUCCAAAUUAGAAGAGCUGAGGGGAAGAAUGAAGGAUUUGGGCUAUGUACCAGAUUUAAAAUAUGCAUUACUAGGUGAAGAUUGAAAUGAGAAUUUCGGGAUCGUUACUGACAAUGAUUGCACAUCUUCUUGUUUAGGGCACUUAAGAAUCAUGGAUAUAUGAGAAAAUGAUGCCAAUGCUUAUGCCUUUUCUUCACGUUAUUGUUUUGGUUGAAUAUAUUCACAUUCUCACAUAGCUGUGUGCGCCUGAAUUUAAUGAGAGAUUACUGAGGAAUCUCUAAGACUUAUAAGACCAUCUCUCACACUGCAGAUAAGCAGUUCUUCCAUGUCAUUGUCUAUUCAGUAAAGUUUGACCACUUUUGGUAUAAGUUAGAGUCAGGUUCAGAAUUCAACUGCAUGUUUUGAAAUAAAUUAGUAUCAUGGUUUCCUUGCAUCUGCCGAAGAUGCUUACAGAUUCAAUGAUCUGGGCAACUGGUGGAGCCUAACACAAAAGGAUAUUACGCCCUGUGAUUUCUGAAUAAAUAUGAAACGACUUUGAUAGCUUCUUUGCUGGUUGAAAAUCUGGAUCCCUUCUUAACAUGGUCAGAGCCAUUGGUGCCUGUAUUGGUUAUUGAUCUUGUAUGAAUUUUCGAGAUUAUCUCGAGAAGGAAUGUUGAAUAUUAUCCCACAUUGGAUAUGAUGUGGAAACUCCCUGGGCUUAUAAGGGUGGCUGUGCCACUCCACCUACUACCACUUGAUUUUAGUGGGUUGAAUAGACGACAAACUUCAAAACUGUGCUUCCAACUUCAAAAUCACAAAGGAAUAUUUUUUGGACUAUAACUUACAAUGACCGUCACUUUUUCGAAAUGCAAAGAGCAUAUGACCAAAACAACACUGCAUUCAAGUAAGUACCAAUUAUAUGACUCCGAUAAAAAAAAAAGUACCAAUUAUAUGACCCCCUCGUGUGGCUGAGUGGACAUUUGACUUUAUCACUUCAUCGGUUAUCCUUCAGGUAUAGUUAUGCUUCUCCCUUAGGUAUUGUACUGACAUUGUCGAUCCUUCUGCCUCACACCAUUUACAUACUUUUUUUCCUAUUACAAAGAUAAUUCGAAAAUAUAUCUAUUAAUGUAUAUAUAUCAUUAACAUCUAUAUUCUGUGUAUUGCAAAUUGAUUUGGUGAUUUUGAGAAUAAAGAUCGUGUGCUUGCUCAGCACCAAUAUCUCUAGACUAUAGUUUUGCCUGUCUUGCUGUCAAUAACAUUCUCCAUUGUCAUGCUUUUAUAGUAAGUCUUCCCUCAACAAUGCAACAAUCUAAUCCCCUCUGACUAGAAAUUAAUAUUUAUUGCUCCAACAUGUUUUGAGUUAUUUUUAAGACACAGACAGAGACAUGUAUGUAGGUAGGUAGUUGUUCUUUGUCUUUUAAUAUUAAUUAAAUAAAAGUGUGGCAAGAAGCAUAUUGAAGUUCACGGCUUUGGCAUUUGUGUAUGUACAUAUACAUAUAUAUAUAUGUAUGCAUCAUUCUCCAUCAAUAUAUAAUUGUGCAUUGUAAUCGAUAAUUAUCAAUUAUUGUGUUUGAUACCAUGGGGAGGGUUGAUCAGAUCAGUCUCUAAAGACUUUUGUGGGUGUAAAUCAAACCUCACUUUUAUUGAAGUCAAUAAAACUGUAGUGUGUAUGUGUUUGCGCUUGUUUGUGAUUAUUAGCUUUUCAUAUUUUGUUUAGUUGAUAGAUCAACUUUUGUAUUUGGAGUUUCCAGAGCAUUGCCCAGAUGGAUCUAUGGACUAUGGCAUAUCAUAUCGUAUGGUUCCAUUCCUCUCUCUUUCCUUCUUUCUCUGUGCUAUUUCCUUUGUUCUUAUUUGAGUUUUUGGUGUAAGAAAUGAUGUAACUGAAUUAAAUUAAAAGUCUCCGGUUGUUUGGGCAAAAACUUCGACCCAAAAGGAAUAGAAGAAAAGUUCAGCUGCCGCUUGGUUCUUCUUCCUUGAAAAGUUCUUCCGCUAAAGCUCCCCAUUUGGCUUUCUUUUUAAAGUAAUGGUGCUUUCGUCUAACUUAAUUGAUGCAUCUACGUCACAUGAUCGAUUGGGGGAAAAUUAGGAUUAUGUCAUUUUUACUUGGUCGUGUUUCGUUAAAAUUCCAUUUUUGUUUAUUCAAAUGUAAAUAGUUUUUUUUUUUUUUUUUCAUUGAUCAUGAUAGUAAAUGUUUGUAUAAUAAAGUGGAUGAGAGUUGCAUGGUACUCAAUAGAUACAAAGAAAGCUAGGAAAUAUUAGGAGGAUAAUAGACGGAUUUUUGAGGGCCAAACUCUGUUAUUAGCAAUUUUUGUAAGCUUGAUUUGAUUUUUGAGGGGUUGAUGUGUGCCUAGGUUGGUACUCCAGAUGUAGGUCGUUCAUAAUCGAAUUAGG